AUGCAUCCCACAUCGAUUUCGCACAGCGGAAUGCCUACGGGCAAGAAGUACAUGGGCUGGUGGGGAUCAAUGGGCGGCCCUCAGCAAAAGGGCAUCACCGCGUACUCCAUCUCCUCCAACCAGCAGAACAUCAUGGGUGGCGCUUUCCGCCAGUACAUGAUCUUUGGAUACAAGCGUCUCAUGGCGCAGCUGCCUUACUUUGGCAUUCCUCUGGCUAUUGGCUACGGCGUCUACUCGUGGGGCGUCUCUCGCAACCACUACCUCAACUCGAAAGCUGGACACCUCGAGUUUGGAGAGCAUGAGGAGUAA